AUGUCCCUCCUCGCCUCAGCCAGACACAUCGCCCCCGCCCACCGCCUCGCCCCACUCCUCAGCCGCGCCAACUCCACCACCGUCUCCCCCCUCUACCCCCAUGCCCCCGUCUACUCCUACGCCAUGGGCCUCUCCUACGCCGCCAAGUACUCACCCCCGUUUAUCAGCACCAAGCAGGAGAUCAAGCCGUAUGGUCUGGAUUACAAGCAGGAUGACGUGGGAGAGUGGGUGAGGGAGAUGUUGGAUUUGAAUGCUGGACGAGGGGAUAUUAGGGCGUCGUUAGAGGAGAUUAAAGAGGUUAGGAGAAAGUAUGGGGCUGGGGAGGACUUUUUUGGGCUCACUAGUGCUCGAGGCGAUCUGCAUCUGGCAGUCUCGGACGGCGUCGGCGGAUGGUCCGAAACCCUCGACGCAUCCCUCUUCCCCCAGCUCCUCUGCUACUACUACACCAAAGCCGCACGCGACUUUGCCAUGUCCAGCACGGGCUCUGUGGACCCGAGGUCGAUAUUGAAAAAGGCGUAUGAGGAUGCGUUGGCGGAUGAUAGGGCGAAUGGGGGCGGGGCGACGAUGGUUAGUGCUAGGCUGGAUGAAGAUGGCCAGGGUGUCUUUUCCAAUUUGGGUGAUUCGGGGUAUAUGAUCCUGCGAGGCGACGAGAUCUUUGAAAUCUCCAAACCUCAAACCCACUUCUUCAACUGCCCCAAACAACUAUCAAAGAUCCCGGCGGAGAUGCGCCACGAAAAGAUCAUUCACGACACCCCCGACGUAGCCGAUGUGAAAUCGUUCGAGCUCAAAGCAGGCGACACCAUCGCCCUCUUUACGGACGGUUUCUCCGACAACGUCCCCACCUCGCACAUCCCCUCCCUCUCAAAACUCCUCAACCGCAUCCUCAACGACCCCGCCAACGCCUCCCUUUCCCCCGCCGAACGCGCCUCCGAACGUGCCCGAUUAUUCGCCGACAUGCUUGUAGGCUAUGGACGGUCGGCGAUGCAGAGGACGGGGAAUGAGACGGGGGUGAAUGGAUGGAAGACGCCGUUUGAGGAGGAGGCGGGGGUGAAGGAGCCGAAGUGGAAGUGGAAGGGGGGCAAGUAUGAUGAUAUCACCGUUGUGACUGCUGUCGUUACGGAAGUCGACUAG